AUGAGUAUGAUUUCAAACGAUGGUCACCCGAACAUUAGAUGGAAGGAGUAUAGCAGUGUUUACAGAGGCUCUGAUUUUAUUAAAUGCGGCAUAGUCGUAGCACCCGCAAAGAAGCUCUAUCUGGCUGCUCAACCCCACGAUCGUCAUGAAGUCUUGUUAUUCGUCGGUUUAGGGCACCCUCACCAUCAACCACUGGUUACUACUAUUGUUUGGGUCUAUUUCGAAGGUAACAAAGCUGCUUUCGAGCAUGAUGAUCAAAGCGAUGUAGGGGUUCUCAAGAACAAGUUUGGUCUUUUCUUUAGUCAGCCUCGAGAUUCCUUUGAUAUCUAUUUGAACGAUGAAAAAGUUCCCUUGGAUCUUUCAAACUCGAUUUGCCGAAAGAUUUUAAACUCACAGUUAGAUUAA